GGAGUAGUGGAGUAGUGGUAUGGUGGAUAGUAGUGGUGUCAGAUUGGUUCUGGCGUUUUCGGUUGUGCCUACUGUUCAGUGUGUGCGGUGCUAGUUCAUCACACACUCUAUUUUCACCUAAUCAAGAUGCCUGUCCUUGUGCGUUUACCGCUGUCGCGCAAAACGAUGUGCGUCGAAUGCGACGGCCUCGGCGUGCCCGCAGAGGAAAUACUCCGAGAAGUUUCUCGACAUGAGGGAAUACCCGAAGAGUUGCUGGCCCUGUCCUGUGGCGGUCGACGACUACUCGAGGUCUUGGUGACUGACGGCCAGUGGCUGACGUGCGCCGUUACGGGGCUCCCCGGAGGCAAAGGCGGCUUCGGCUCUAUGUUGAGGGCCAUCGGUGCUCAGAUAGAGAAGACUACAAACCGCGAAGCCUGCCGAGAUCUCAGUGGAAGGAGACUGCGGGACAUCAACCACGAAGCUCGCUUGAAGCGCUGGGUGGCAAAGCAAGCCGAGCGGGAAAAUCAACGCAAACAGCGGAAGGAGUACCGUGAACCGGAGCACCAUUUAGAGGACCCAGAGUAUGAGCGCAUCCGUGAACAGAUACCAGAACGCAUCCAAGACGCUGUUGCACAGGGGCUGUCUGCAGGCAUUAAGCGACCAGCGGCAUCCACCAGCGGGGAAUGCAGCUCGAGAAAACGACCCGCACCUGCCCUGUGGUUGCCAGAUGUGCCUAGCGACGAGUCUUCCGAUGAUGAUGACUCCAGCUCUGCCCGUGAAGAUCAAGAUCAAGACGCAUCUGCGAGAACGGAUAGCUCGGGUGAACGGGAUACUCCAACAGUCGAACCCGAAGCCACCACCACGGAGACAGAGUCGUCCGGGGACAGCGAGAACAGUCUCCCGAGGAAACCGGACGACAUCGGAGGCACCGAGCGCCCUGCCACCACGACCGAGACAUCCCGCGCCGAAGAACCACAGCCACCAGACACGGACAAAUAAAGCUUGCCUUUAUUGUUCUCUU